GGCGCUCAGUGGGCUCUCAGUUUUGUACCCAGUGGAGCUGUUCAGUGUUUAUCGGUGGUGUCAUCGAACAGUCCCCACGCUCACGGAACCGCUGACCCAUGUGAUACUGCAGCGUUGCGAGCGCGUGAGGAAGGGGGGCGCAAGACACUUUUCCCCCUGCAUCUCCGCUUGGUAGACUGGAGAAGCAGGUGCACAUUUAGGGAGAGACAGAGAGAGAGAGAGAGAGAGAGAGAGAGAGUGAGAGAGAGAAUCAAGAGAGCUGUAGGGGGGCGGGGUAGAGUCGCGCGCGUGGAUCUCACCGUCGCAGUCCUCCGCGAGGAUGUAUCCAACGUCCACUCUCCUGCUGCGAGCGCGCUGGGGCCAGUAUAACGGCAUUGUAUAUGCCAUUCUGAUCUAACGGUUCCGUUCUGUUUCGCGGGGUUCGGAUGGUACGCACGCUCCAUACACAAUUCAGCCGGAAAAUCACCGCACACCAGCCAUGGCGCUGGUCAUGGAACCCAUCAGCAAAUGGUCCCCGAAGCAGGUGCUGGACUGGAUGAAAGGGUUGGAUGACUGUUUGCUGCAGUACAUGAGGACAUUUGAGAGAGAGCAAAUAACUGGAGAGCAGCUGCUUCACAUUACCCAUCAGGAGUUGGAAGAGCUUGGCGUGACCCGUAUCGGACACCAGGAGCUUAUUCUGGAGGCUGUGGAUUUACUCUGUGCACUGAACUAUGGUCUAGAGACAGAGAAUUUGCGGACUUUGUCACACAAACUCAAUGCAUCAGCUAAGAAUUUGCAGAACUUCAUCACGGGUCGGCGCCGUGGGGGCCAUUAUGAUGGACGGGUCUCACGGCGCCUUCCAAAUGACUUCUUGACUUCAGUUGUUGACCUCAUUGGAGCAGCAAAAAAUCUGCUGGCAUGGCUGGACAGGUCUCCAUUUGUCAGUGUUUCUGAAUACUCAGUGCUGAAAAACAACAUUGUUCAACUCUGUCUAGAGCUAACGACCAUAGUACAACAGGAUUGCACAGUGUAUGAAACUGAGAAUAAAAUUCUACAUGUGUGUAAGACUCUAUCAGGUAUCUGUGAGCACAUUAUUUCGUUGUCAUCCGAUUCGCUGGUGUCACAGUCGGCCCACCUAGAUGUUGUUCAUCUAACUAACGUUAUGCCUAGUGAGGGCCUAGGCAUGUACAUCAAGUCCACAUAUGAUGGUCUACAUGUGAUCACUGGAACCACGGAGAAUUCUCCUGCAGAUCAGUGUAAGAAGAUCCAUGCCGGUGAUGAGGUCAUUCAGGUCAAUCACCAGACAGUGGUUGGUUGGCAAUUGAAAAACUUGGUCAAUUGUCUCCGUGAGGACCCGAGCGGAGUCAUCCUCACGCUGAAGAAGAGACCACAGAACACUCUGGGCUCCACCCCUGCACUGCUAAAGAAUGCCCGCUGGAAACCACUUGCCCUGCAGCCGCUGUCCACCAGUCCUUGCAGUGGUUCACCCACCCCACCCAGCACGCUUGGGUCAGUGGGACUCUCACCUGGAGUGGACACACCUGGAGGACAUGAUGUCUUUAUACUGUCACCUGUCUAUGGACACAGAGAGGAGGAUCUGGAUCGAGGUGGGUUUGGUGUGUUUGGUUCUGAUUCUCCGGGGUAUUAUGUAGAACAGGAGGUACUCGGAGGGCAGUAUUUCCCUCUCCUGGAGGAGGAUUCUGGAAGAAAUACGGGACUGCGACGCAGAGACCGGACCCCAACUCACAGUGACCCCCGGCAGGUUUCUAUGGGAACUGAGUGGCUGGCAGAACCUCAAGAAUCUGGAGUUUACAAAAGAGGAAGCAGAGAUUCAGACUCCUCCCUCUUGCGGUUCCUCAGUGAUGACAGAAUUCUGCUCAUCCAGGAAGAGGCAGAGUUUUCCCAUCGUGACACAAGCAGGCGAUCAAGGAAGAAGAGCCGAAAUCCCAGCAGCACCAGUUUUCCCAUCAGUCCCUCUAUGCUUGCCCCACCAGUGCGUCUGGACGCAGGUCCCCCCGAGGGGCUGCCCUUCCCUGUGCCCGACUCAAACACGAUGCCACACUACCAUAGAACUGCAGACACACUCAGAGCAGAUGCCGAUAGGUAUGCUAGUUCAGGACUUGACCGACAAGCAGGGGCAUCAAUGAGGAAGUCUAUGCACUAUGCCUCUCUGAGGACCAAGCCCAAGAAAAAAAGCAAAGGUUCCCUAAGUAGUGCCAGCAGGAGGCGUAUUGCUUGCAAAGAUUUGGGUCAUGGCGACUGUGAAGGCUGGUUAUGGAAAAAGAAAGAUGCCACUGGCUACUUCACACAGAAAUGGAAGAAGUACUGGUUCGUUCUCAAAGACUCCAACCUGUAUUGGUACACCAACCAAAACGAUGAGAAAGCAGAGGGCUUCAUCAGCCUGCCAGAGUUUCGGAUAGACAGAGCAAUCGAGUGCAGGAGGAAACAUGCCUUCAAAGCAUGUCAUCCCAAAAUUAAAAGUUUCUUUUUUGCUACUGAUCAUUUGGAAGAGAUGAACAGGUGGAUGAAUCGGUUAGGACUGGCUGCGAUUGGAUACACACCUGAUGAUCCAGUACCACGUCCAGAUGAAGAUUACUGGAGUGAAAGUGACCAGGACGAGGUGGAUGGGUCCAUGACACUCAAACAGGAAGCCACGUACCACCACAACACCUCUGCGCCUUCGACUAGUCCAUUUCCUGAGCGUCAUUUCUCCAGCGGCUCCACAUUUUCGCAUUCCUCUGCUGAGGAGUCACAUUCUUCUUGCCGAUCCUCUCAUCGAGAGCGUCGCUCAUGGCAGGACCUGAUUGAAACUCCCCUGACCAGCACUGGCCUACACUACCUGCAGACGGCAGAAGAGGAGGAGCCUGUUCUGCUUUCACAUGACCAGCACCGGCAGGCCACACUCCCUGCCCAGCGCCGCUGUCCUCUGGAACGCGACGGACCGUUUCCGUUGACUGACAGUGAGGAGUCCCGUCCCCGCCAUCACACCCACAAACAGCGCAGCCAGAGCCUCCCACGCCACCGCGAGGCUCACGGGGGACACUCACACCGCAGCUCACGCUCACAUGCACAUGUGCACACACAUGGCACUCUAAGGCCAAGAACUCAUCUCCAUGAUGAAGAGGAGGAAGAGGAGGUGGAAAAGGAGGUACGGAAACCCAGCAGCAGGAGACCUGAGACUGAAGAAAAAGUGGCCGAUGGCACUGAUGGUCUGCAGGAGUUGUACCGAUCACUGGAGCAGGCCAGCCUCUCCGCUUUCGGCCAGCAAAGACCUUCCACCAAACAAGAGUUCAGACGCUCCUUCAUCAAACGCAGUAAUGACCCUACCACUAAUGAACGACUGCACCGCAUCCGGGUUCUCCGCUCCACACUGAAGGCAAAGGAGGGCGACUUGGCGAUAAUCAGCCAGGUGCUGGAUGAACCUUGUUUGACCUCACGGAAGUUUUGCGAAUGGAAGCAACGUAACCACGAGCUCUUCCUGGAUAUCUGUGAGUUUAGCUCCGCCCCUCUGGAACCGCCCAGUGAUUCCAAUGACCUUUCACCUCUCUCACCAACGCUGAUGAUGCACACUCACUCUUUCAUAGAAACGCAUGUGUGAAACACACUCUCAUGCACACAUUGAACUAACAAUCACAUGCUAAUAUACAGACAGGAAGAUAUACAAAUAACUUGAAUUGUGUGUUGCAAACUCACAUACACAUAUUAACAUUUGCACACAUACACUAUGAAAAACACUGUGUAUGUAAACUGUCCUCACUUUUCCUCGAUGGAGGACCUGAUACUGCCCUCCUCCUGAUCACGAGCGAUAUCAGAUUGAACCAAUACACUGUAAGACGAAUCUCAAAGAACUGACCCAGCCUCCAAAACUCAGACCGUAGGCACGUCACUAUCUUGCGGUCAUUUGUGCUGACCUGACACUGAGAGAUGACUCAUAAACUGCUCCUCAGACACACCAUGGAAGUGUCACAGCAGAGAGAAAAGUGUUAGCUGCACAUAUAUGGCUCAUUACAGACUCUGUACAAUAUGUUUCAUCAUGGGAACAAUUUGGGAUGUUUGGAAGAAAGGCCCCCUGAGGUGCCCUAGUGCAUGCCUGAAGAAUCAUAUUUUCAGAUUAAUUGACCACCAGUUGAACAAAAUAGGAUGGUAUAUAAAAAUAAUCUAUUAUUUUUGUCUCUGAUUGGAG